AUGUCGAAGAACCAUUGGAAAAAGGGGAGCGGCUCGGUUAGCAGCUCCAGAAAUAUUGAUUGGUGCCUGGCGAACUCUCGGCGCCAAGAGAUUCGAAUACUCGCGUCGGAGAAGGACCGAAGCCGAAGUGAACCCGGUACGGAACGGCAACCGCCGACGCCAUCUGUCUGUGCUCCAGUCCCUCCCUCCUUUUCACGGCCGUGCCGGGUUCCCGGACACGACGGACGGCCCCUCUCAACGGAGACGGAGUGGAGUGGUCCGAGCGGUGUCCGACUGCGAACAGCUGGCGGACUGCCGGUUAUUUCCUGCUAUUUCCACCCGGCGUCUUGGCGCUCGGACGCUACGGGAUACUACGGGAUACCCGACGGACCAGUGGAGUGGAGCUAA